AUGGAGGCUAGCAGACUUGCCCCACCCACACUUCAACUCAACACACGACAACGUGCGCUGAGUCAGGCUGACACGGUCACAUCACAAACUUCGGAUCCCUUUCGAACGCCAAUAUCACCAAGCAAUGCGUCAAUAAGCAACGCGUCGACAGUAGGAGGAGAGUACGAUGCAGCUAUACAACAAGAACUUCGUAAUGAAGCCAAGUCCACUCCCAAUAAUCCGUUCGGAUUCACACCAUCACAACUUAGCAAACUAUUGAACCCAAAGUCCUUGCCAGUAUAUCACGCGCUCGGCGGUAUACAGGGCAUCGCAGCCGGCUUGCAAUCAGAUAUUCACUCUGGAUUGAGUGCCGACGAAUCGACCGUGCCACGACAUAUCUCCUUCGACGAAGCGACGAAUCCUCAAACACCAACCAAGGAGAUAGAAUCGAGUAGACCACCAAGUAAUGGACAGCCUUUUGAGGACCGUAUCCGCAUUCAUGGGCGAAACGUCCUCCCAGCAAAAAAGGUCACACCGCUCUGGAGACUUGUUUGGAAUGCGUACAACGAUACAGUGCUGAUUGUUCUCACUGUCGCGGCUGUGAUAUCACUCGCGCUUGGUCUAUAUGAGACGUUUGGCGGGGAUCAUCCGCCAGGCUCUCCGACCCCUGUGGACUGGGUCGAGGGUUGUGCAAUCGUCGUGGCCAUCGUCAUUGUCGUACUCGUCACUGCCUUGAACGACUGGCAAAAAGAGCAGGCGUUCGCCAAGCUUAACGCUAGGAAGGAACAAAGAGACAUCAAGGUUACUCGAUCCGGCAAGACUUCUAUGAUUAGCAUCUACGAUGUCCUUGCAGGUGAUGUUAUACACAUAGAACCUGGAGAUGUCAUCCCUGUCGAUGGCAUCUUUAUAGAUGGCUCCGAUGUCAAGUGCGAUGAGUCGUCUGCUACAGGAGAAUCGGAUGCUAUGCGCAAAACUCCCGGUGCAGCCGUCAUGAAGGCUCUCGAAUCUGGCCAAUCGGCCAAGAAACUCGAUCCCUUCAUCAUCUCGGGUGCCAAAGUGCUUGAAGGCGUCGGAACUUUCAUGGCCACAUCCGUUGGAGAGCACAGCAGCUUUGGAAGAAUCAUGAUGUCCGUCCGCGUCGAAAUGGAGCCAACUCCCCUCCAGGAAAAGCUUGGUGGUCUGGCUAUGGCCAUAGCUAAGCUUGGAACCACUGCCGCUGGUAUACUCUUCUUCAUCCUUCUGUUCCGAUUCGUGGCAGGAAUCUCUGGGGACGGUCGAACUCCAGCCGAGAGAGGCUCAGCUUUCAUGGAUAUCCUUAUUGUCGCGGUGACGAUUAUUGUUGUCGCCGUUCCCGAGGGCCUUCCCUUAGCAGUGACCCUAGCAUUGGCGUUUGCGACAACGAAGAUGUUGAAAGAAAACAAUCUUGUCCGAAUCAUGCGAGCUUGCGAGACCAUGGGCAAUGCCACAGCCAUCUGCUCCGAUAAGACUGGUACCUUGACAACAAACAGGAUGACGGUCGUUGCCGGCACAUUUGGCACCACAAGAUUUGUGCAGGUAGACGCGAGGUCCGAAAAAGACCAGACAAUCUCCACUUGGGCAUCAGCAGUCACAUCAGCAGCCAAAGCGCUUAUUAUUCAGUCAGUCGCAAUCAACUCCACGGCCUUUGAAGGACAAGAGGAUGGAAAACCAGUCUUCAUCGGAUCCAAGACAGAAACUGCCCUACUCCAGCUCGCCAAAGAACACCUUGGACUUGUCUCACUCUCGGAGACCCGCGACAAUGAGCAAGUCAUACACAGAUUUCCCUUUGACUCGGGCAAGAAAUGCAUGGGUGCUGUGGUCAAGGUACAAGGCGGAACCUAUCGGCUUGUUGUCAAAGGCGCAUCAGAGAUCCUUUUGGGAUUCAGUUCUAUCUUUGCCCAUUUCGACACCCUGGAGACGGAACCAUUAUCGAGUGAGCUACGUGCGAUGCUCACUGACACGAUCAAUGAGUACGCAAACAAGUCGCUCAGGACCAUCGGAUUUGUCUAUCGCGAUUUCCCGCAAUGGCCCCCGGCUGAUGCUGAGCUUACGGAGGGUGGAAGUGUUGACUUCGCCUCUUUACUAAAGGAUCUCACAUUCUUCGGUGUAGUCGGAAUUCAGGACCCUGUCCGCCCCGGUGUGCCUGAGGCUGUCCGCAAGGCACAAAAGGCUGGUGUCACAGUCCGCAUGGUGACCGGUGACAAUGUACAGACCGCUCGAGCCAUUGCCACUGAAUGCCUAAUCUACACCGAAGGUGGCUUGGUCAUGGAAGGCCCCGAUUUCCGCCGGCUCUCUGAUGAACAAUUGGAUGAGGUGCUUCCCCGAUUACAAGUAUUGGCUCGUUCUUCCCCAGAGGACAAGCGCAUCCUCGUUCAGCGUCUCAAGGAUCUAGGUGAAAUCGUUGCCGUCACCGGCGAUGGUACCAACGACGCUCCCGCACUCAAGGCGGCAAACAUCGGUUUUUCUAUGGUUUCAGGUACUGAGGUUGCCAAGGAAGCGUCCUCGAUCAUUCUCAUGGACGACAAUUUUGCUUCCAUCAUCACAGCCCUAAUGUGGGGGCGUGCUGUCAAUGACGCCGUUCAGAAAUUUCUCCAAUUCCAAAUCACCGUCAACAUCACCGCAGUCGUGCUCGCAUUCGUCACCGCUGUCUACGAUGAUGAGAUGAAACCUGCACUCAAAGCCGUUCAGCUUCUCUGGGUCAAUCUUAUCAUGGACACCUUCGCUGCCCUCGCACUUGCCACCGACCCACCCACCGAGAAGAUUCUCGAUCGCCCACCCCAAGGCAAAGGCCCCCUCAUCACGACGACAAUGUGGAAACAAAUCACAGGCCAGAAUAUCUACAAGAUCACCGUCAUCUUCGUGUUGUACUUUGCCGGUGGCGAUAUCCUAAAUUACGAUCUUUCGAACCCUGAUAAGCAACUGGAGUUGGACACUGUCAUCUUUAACAGCUUUGUCUGGAUGCAAAUCUUCAACAUCUUCAACAACAGGCGUCUCGAUAACAAACUCAACAUCUUUGAGGGUGUAUUCAGAAACAUCUUCUUCAUGGGAAUCGUCGCCUUGAUCAUCGCUCUGCAAAUUCUUAUCGUCUUCGUUGGCGGAAGAGCAUUCCAUAUCAAGUCUGGGGGAAUCGAUGGAACUCAAUGGGCUAUUAGCAUCGUUACGGGCUUCGUUUGUAUCCCUUGGGCAGUCCUAAUCAGGUAUUUCCCCGAUGAGUGGUUCGCAGUGAUUGCGGGUGUUGUUGGAAAGCCCGUCGUCAUUGCUUACAGGGCGUGCUGUGUCGGUGCAGGCAAGUUGAAGGCCAUGCUGAGCUUCAGGCGCAAGAAGACCGAGCAGCCCGAUGCCGAGGUGGGUGCUGCGCCUGCCAUUGUCGUCGUCGGUGACGAUGCGAGUACUUCGGAGAACAGGAAAUGA